CCCGCCUGCGCGGCCCCGCCGGGGAUGGGGGGCGGCGCGCCGUGACCGGCCCGCGGGCGCGCCCGAGCCGCGCUGCUGCCGCACGGAGCCGCCGCCGGGAGCCGCCGGGAGCCGCCGGCGGGAUGAGCGGGAGCGGCAACCCCGGGCCCGGCGCGGCGCCCUGCCGCUUCGCCCACUACUUCGUGCUGUGCGGCAUCGACGCGGAGAGCGGGCUGGAGCCCGACGAGCUGGCAGUCUUGUACCAAUAUCUACAAGCAGAUCUCCAUGGCAAGAGCUCAGACACUGCAGACAAAACCUCAGGAGAGAAUUUCGACCAGAGUCCCUUAAGAAGAACCUUCAAGUCUAAAGUUUUGGCCCAUUAUCCUCAGAACAUCGAGUGGAACCCCUUUGACCAGGAUGCUGUCAACAUGCUGUGUAUGCCCAAGGGGCUGUCUUUCAGGACGCAGGCGGAUAACAGGGACCCGCAGCUGCACUCGUUCAUCAUCACCAGGGAGGACGGCUCCCGCACGUACGGCUUUGUGCUCACCUUCUACGAGGAGGUCACGAGCAAGCAGAUCUGCACAGCCAUGCAGACGCUGUACCAGAUGCACAACGCAGAGCAGUACAGCAGCGUCUGCGCCUCCUCCUCCUGCAGCAUGGACUCCCUGGCCAGCAGCAUCGACGAGGGCGACGCCACGUCCCUCGCCAAGCUCCAGCGCUACAACUCCUACGACAUCAGCAGGGACACGCUCUACGUCUCCAAGUGCAUCUGCCUCAUCACCCCUCUGCCCUUCAUGCAGGCCUGCAAGAAGUUCCUGAUCCAGCUCUACAAGGCAGUGACCUCCCAGCAGCCACCCCCUCUGCCCCUGGAGAGCUACAUCCACAACAUCCUCUACGAGGUGCCCCUGCCGCCCCCGGGGAGGUCACUCAAGUUUUAUGGGGUUUAUGAGCCCAUCAUUUGCCAGAGACCUGGGCCCAACGAGCUGCCGCUCUCUGACUACCCUCUGAGGGAGGUCUUCGAGCUGCUGGGCCUGGAGAACCUGGUUCAGGUCUUCACCUGUGUUCUUCUGGAGAUGCAGAUCCUUCUGUACUCACAAGAUUACCAGCGGCUGAUGACGGUGGCAGAGGGAAUCACAACGCUGCUGUUCCCAUUUCAGUGGCAGCAUGUGUACGUCCCCAUCCUUCCUGCCUCUCUCCUGCAUUUUCUGGAUGCUCCUGUUCCCUACCUGAUGGGGCUGCAGUCUAAGGAGGGAACGGACCGCUCCAAGCUGGAGCUGCCUCAGGAGGCAAACUUGUGCUUUGUAGACAUCGAUAACCACUUCAUUGAACUGCCGGAGGAAUUCCCGCAGUUCCCCAACAAGCUGGAGUUUAUCCAGGAAAUCUCCGAGGUUCUCCUGCAGUUUGGGAUUCCUCCAGAAGGCAACUUGCAUUGCAGUGACAGUGCCACCAAACUCAAGAACUUGGUUCUUAGCGACCUGGUGAAUGACAAGAAGAAUGGGAACAUCCCCAGCAAUGCCCUCAACAUGUACGAGCUGCUGAAAGGCAACGAGACGAUCGCCCGCCUGCAAGCCCUGGCCAAGAGAACAGGCGUGACCAUGGAGAAAAUGACCAUCACCACACCCCUCACAGAGGAGAAGGAUGGGAAGUUGUCGUGUGAGGAGCUGGAGCUGAGGGACUACAAACUGAAUGUGCAGCUCCGCGAGGUUUUCGCCAACCGCUUCACGCAGAUGUUCGCAGACUACGAGGCUUUCGUCAUCCAGGCUGCCCCCGACAUGGAGUCGUGGCUGACAAACAGGGAACAAAUGCAAAACUUUGACAAAGCUUCCUUCCUUUCGGACCAACCUGAGCCUUACCUCCCAUUCCUUUCACACUUCAUCGAAACACAGAUGUUUGCAACCUUCAUAGACAAUAAAAUAAUGUCCCAGUGGGAAGAGAAGGACCCUUUUCUACGAGUUUUUGACUCCCGAAUCGAGAAAAUAAGGCUAUAUAAUGUCAGGGCCCCUGCACUGCGGACAUCCAACUACCAGAAAUGCAGCACUUUGAAAGAAGCAGGUCAGCUGUCUAUUCAGCGUCUAGUUUUGGCAGAUAUUGUGGCACCAGAACCUCAUGUUCUGUCUUGUGAAAAGCAGCAAACUGAUACCCAGUCCAUCGAGCAGCGGCUGAUGAAGAUUGACCACACGGCCAUCCACCCUCACCUGCUCGACAUGAAGAUUGGCCAAGGGAAAUACGAACAAGGAUUUUUCCCAAAGCUGCAGUCGGAUGUCUUGGCAACGGGACCCACUAAUAACAACCGCUGGGCCAGCCGCAGCGCCACCACGCAGCGGAGGAAGGACCGCCUGCGGCAGCACUCGGAGCACAUCGGGCUGGACAACGACAUGAGGGAGCCAUCGGAGGAGCUUUUGCUUCGUCAGAACUCAAUGGCCUUCUGGGAGUGGGAUCAGGGACCACCCCCUCCUGCACGGCCUCCUAAAAAAUCCUUCUCUGAAUGCUGCCUGAAAUACAUGCAGGAGGCAAGGAGUUUAGGUAAAAAUUUAAGGCAGCCCAAACUGUCAGACCUCUCUCCAGCUGUGAUUGCACAGACCAACUGGAAAUUUGUGGAAGGGCUGCUGAAGGAAUGUCGCAUGAAGACUAAACGCAUGUUGGUAGAGAAGAUGGGCCAUGAAGCAGUUGAGCUGGGACAUGGAGAAGCCAACAUAACAGGUCUGGAGGAAAAUACACUGAUUGCCAGUCUCUGUGAUCUGCUAGAAAGAAUCUGGAGCCAUGGUCUGCAGGUCAAGCAGGGGAAAUCUGCAUUGUGGUCCCAUUUGCUUCAGUACCAGGAGAGAGAAGAGAAGCAAGAGCACAGUGCAGAGUCCCCAGUUGGUGGUGGAACAGAAAGACGAAAGUCUGAUACAGGAAUUACUCUGCCUACAUUGAGGGUUUCCCUGAUACAAGAUAUGAGGCAUGUUCAGAACAUGAGUGAGAUAAAGACUGAUGUGGGGCGAGCCCGAGCCUGGAUAAGACUUUCUCUGGAGAAGAAGCUUUUGUCUCAGCACCUGAAGCAGCUGCUUUCCAACCAGGCACUUGCAAAGAAACUUUACAAGCGUUACGCUUUCCUGCGCUGUGAAGAAGAACGGGAACAGUUCCUGUAUCACCUGCUCUCACUCAAUGCUGUGGAUUACUUCUGCUUCACAAGUGUCUUCACUACAAUCAUGAUCCCUUACAGGUCAGUGAUAAUUCCCAUCAAAAAACUAAGCAAUGCAAUAACCACAUCAAACCCGUGGAUAUGCGUGUCAGGAGAGCUGGGAGAUAGUGGUGUCAUGCAGAUUCCUAAAAACCACCUAGAAAUGACAUUUGAGUGCCAGAACUUGGGGAAGCUGACGACCGUUCAGAUUGGUCAUGACAACUCAGGGCUGCUGGCCAAGUGGCUAGUUGAUUGUGUCAUGGUCAGGAAUGAAAUAACAGGACACACGUACAAGUUCCCCUGUGGGCGGUGGCUGGGAAAAGGCGUUGAUGAUGGCAGUCUGGAGCGGAUCCUCAUUGGAGAGCUGGUGUCCUCCGCGUCUGACGAAGAGCUGGGAAAGCAGUGCCGCACCCCGCCCCAGCAGAAGUCUCCCACUGUGACCCGGCGGCUGAGCAUCACUUCCCUCACGGGGAGGAACACCAAGCCUAAUGCAGGGCAGAUCCAAGAGGGAAUCGGGGAAGCUGUGAACAACAUUGUGAAACACUUCCACAAGCCAGAGAAAGAGAGAGGGAGCCUUACCAUUCUGUUGUGUGGAGAAAAUGGUCUGGUUGCAGCACUGGAGCAGGUCUUCCACCAUGGGUUCAAAUCAGCUCGCAUUUUUCAUAAGAAUGUUUUCAUCUGGGAUUUCAUAGAGAAAGCUGUUGCUUACUUUGAAACCAGUGAUCAGAUUGGAGACAAUGAAGAGGCCCUUUUGCUUCAGAGAUCUUCAUGCAAAACCUUCUGUCAUUAUGUCAAUGCCAUCAAUACAGCUCCAAGGAACAUUGGAAAGGAUGGCAAAUUCCAAAUCCUGGUUUGCCUGGGGACAAGGGACCACCUGCUGUCUCAGUGGAUCCCGCUGCUGGCGGAGUGCCCGCCCAUCACGAGGAUGUACGAGGAGAACGCUCUCCUCCGGGACCGCAUGACUGUCAACUCCCUGAUCCGAGUCCUACAGACAUUGCAGGAUUUCAACAUCAUCCUAGAAGGAUCGCUCAUUAAAGGAGUGGAUGUUUAGCAUGGCUUUGCUGAGAACUUCAUUACUCCUUUCCCAAACAAGCAAACCACAAUUGGAGACCUGUCAGGACUUGAAUGCCAUGGUAGUGCACCACUGUAAGGCAAAGCUGCUGGUGGAAGCAGGAUUGGGAAGCCCAGUUUGUGCCCGAUGGGGACUGGCCUCUAAAGCUGCAGAAAGCUAAGAUGCAGUAUUGUAGUUUAUUUGAAAUGGAAAUUUAGUACAAAAAAUAGAGUAUUUUCAUGUGUUAGAUGUGUGUAAAUAUGCUAUCUUUCUUUAAGAAAUUAUAUUACUCUAAGAAAUUUUUCUUAGAGUGAAUGUUCUUGUUCUGACUAUGAGUAGCUUAAACCCAGGGGAAGGACUUGGGGGAGGGAGGGAAGGACCAAGGUGGGAAGGGAUGCCUCUACUUGCUUGCUAGGAAGAAGCCAAUCAACGUGUAAAUACAGCUGAAACGCAGCAGGGCUUUUUUCAGGUAUUGCAAAUUAAUACAGCAAAUAUCCUUCUGUAGCCAUUGUGAUUGUGUCACUCUUGGAAAUGCUGUAAGCAUAUGCUGGUUUACCCUACUGUACAUGGUCUCUCUUAGUCUGUUGUUUGUUCAAAGACUCACUUUCCCAUGCAUGGAAGUAGUGAGUCGUACUUUUUUUUUUCCUGUAAGGUCUUUUGUGUCACUCCUGUUCAUCUCCAAAAGGGGAAACAAGUGGUAGAGUGCUUAAACACUGGAGAGGAGGACUUCUGUCAGCCUCAGAGCCUGAGAGGAGGAGACACCUGUUGAAGCCUUGCUGCUGCAGCCUGAGAUGGGGAAUGGUGGCUUGCUUGACUGCUCAGUGUGUCCCUUCCCUGUCUAGAUGUUCUCAUGAUUCACCCUCACCCUCAGCCAGUUUGUGUUGUGGAUGACCUUUUUAUUUUUCUCAUUAUGAGAAAUUUGGUUUAUGCCAAAUUCUUGCUGUACUUAAAAAGAAUCAUUGCUGUAGACCAACAAACACUGCUGUUGCUGUGCUACCAAACUGCAUCAGCUGGCUUUGAAAUGCUGACAGGUUAUGAGUCUUCCUUUAUCCUGCAGAAUGAGUGUUCCUAGGGGAGUACAGGAUCUUGGAUGACUUUUUUUUAUUAUCUAGCUACAAAAAGAAAAGGAAUAAAAAGAAUUAAGCAAAAGGAGAGAAAAAAAUACUCUCAUGUUGGUAUUUUGAGGCUUC